AUGCGGCGUCUCGCGGUCGCCGCGCGGAGGCGCGGGGCGCGCAGGGUCGCCGCGGCGGCGGAGACGGCGCGAUGGCGCGCGCUUCCGCGCGACGACGAGGUCGCGCUCGCGGAGGCGGCGUGGGGACGGGCGGAGACGGAGGCGCCGAGGAAUUCGCACUCUUCGUCGUCGCGCGGAUUCGCCGCGAGGACGUCGUCGUCGUCGGCGGCGGCGCCGUCGAAGACGACGACGACGAUCGACGGCGUGCGCGUCACGACCGCGUACACGAAGGAGGACAUUGACGCCGCGAUCGCGGAGAUGUUCCCGACGCGUGGCGGUGCGAAGAAGAGGCAGCCGCGCGCCCCGCGCUCGACGAACGACGACGACGACGACGACGAUGAUUUUGACGCAUCAUCGACGGUCGCGCGACUGCGCGAGCGGCUGAAAGCGGCGAAGCUGCCGUCGAGCGGACGCAAGGCUGACCUCGUGGCCAGGCUCAGGCUCGCGGCGGCCGAGCGCGAGCGCGCGGCGAGCGGCGUGAGCGGAAGCGGGGGCGGCCGGUCGUCGUUCGCGAUCGUCGGUUUCGACGUCGAGGCGAGGCCGAACUUCACGAGCGGGCGCGUGAACCCGACGUCGCUCGUGCAGCUCUACGCGCGCGGGGACGGGGACGGGGACGGGGACGGGGAAAACGGCGGCGGGGAAAUGCCGGGAAAACGCGUCCCCGCCGGUGGUUCGUGUCUUCUCGCGCACGUCCUCGCGGCGACGAAGGACGGCGACGCGGUCCUUCCCGCGUCGCUCCGAGACGCGUUGUCCGCCUCCUCCGCCUCCGCCUCGUCCGACGGCCACUUGGCGCCGUCCGAUAGGUUGUUGUACUUCGUCGGCGCGGGCGUCGGACGCGAUCUGGACGACCUCGCGAGGGACUACGACCUCGGAAGCGACGGCGUGCGUCGCGCGUCGUUCGUCGACGUGAACGUCGUCGCGUCGUUCUUCGGCGAGCCGCCGGGGCUGAGGCGCGUUCUGAAUCUCUCGGCGAGGUUUCCCCCGCCGACGCCGUCCAACGCCGGAUCCGCGAACGCCGCGCCGUUAAAGAGCAAGACGACGCAGAUGUCGGACUGGUCGCGCGCGCCGCUGAGCGACGCGCAGAUCGCGUACGCGGCCCAGGACGCGAUCCAAUCGGAGGUGGUGCUCCGCGGGCUGCACGAGAGGUGGGGCGCGCCGUUGGGCGUCUCCGUCGAGGACUUUUGCGCGUUUUUCGCGGACGCGACGAGCGUCGGCGACCUCAUCGCGAGCGACGCGAAGCUCCUCGCCCCGGGGUUCAACCCGUGCGCGGCGCUGACGAUGUAUCGCGCGCGGAACGUCCUGCGCCGGAUCGGCAGUUUCUACAUCGCGAGGUACGUGGCGAAAAUGAACGCGCUCGACGACGACGACCCGGCGGAUGCCGUCGUCAAAAAAACAACCGAGUGGGAGACCUUGAACAGGAUCUGCUUCUUGUGGGGCGCGGAUUUGAGCGUCCACGCCGCGACCGAAGUGAACGGCGGCAUCGACGGCGGCGACGGCGGCGGCGGCGGCGACGACGACGACGACGACGACGACGACGCGCAGUCCCAGUUCGUCGCCGACGUGCGGAUACACGGCAGGUCGCUCGCGCGAGCGAGAGGGAAAACGAAAAAGUCUGCGAUUCGCGCCGCGACGUCGAGAGCGUUGGACGUCGUCCGCGCGGAGAAGGAAGGAAAGUGGUUCGACGCGCUCGAGGUCGCGGAGAUCGGCGACGCCGCGCGAGAACUGAAGCUCUUCUCGGAAAAACGCCCGAGUAAGUCUACGAGGUUUACUCUGCUUAAGCUCGGCGUCCCGCACGCCACCGAGCGGCUGACCCCGAAGAAGUACGAGGGAAUAUCGCCGCACCGCGCUAACCGCGGCUCCUCUUCCUUCGCUUCGCGCGAAGAGGAUCCGGGGUAUCGGACGUGGAGGGAGAACAUAGAGCGGAUGCUACCUCCGGAGUACCGCUGACGGGGAGCGGCGUGGCGCAUUGGUAUUGGUAUUUAGAAGAUAGGCGACUUACGUAGACUAGACCAAUCGAUUCUGUCUGGUUCCAGUCAGUC